AUGUCGGGCCGCUCGGUGCGCGCCGAGACCCGCAGCCGCGCCAAGGAUGACAUCAAAAAAGUGAUGGCGGCCAUCGAGCGCGUCCGCAGAUGGGAGAAGAAGUGGGUGACGGUGGGCGACACCUCCCUGCGGAUAUUCAAGUGGGUGCCGGUGGCAGACAGCAAGGAGAAAGAGAAAUCCAAAUCAAGUAGCAGCGCUGCCCGAGAACCCAAUGGCUUCCCAGCUGACACCUCUGCCAACUCUUCUCUCCUCCUGGAGUUCCAAGGUGCUGUUUCUGCAGAUGAGAACAGCAACCAGAGCUCCCUGUCGGAUGUCUACCAGCUCAAGGUGGACAGCAGCCCCAACUCCAGCCCCAGUCCCCAGCAGAGCGAGUCCAUGAGUCCUGCCCACACGUCCGACUUCCGCACGGACGACUCGCAGCCACCCACACUGGGGCAGGAGACGCUGGAAGAGCCCUCCCUGCCUUCCUCGGAAGUUGCAGACGAGCCUCCCACUCUGACAAAGGAAGAGCCAGUCCCCCUUGAGACUCAGGUAACUGAAGAGGAGGAGGACUCCGGUGCGCCGCCUCUGAAGAGAUUUUGUGCCGAUCAGAACUCUGUGUGCCACACGGCCUCGGAGAGCUAGCCUGCCCGUCCCCGGGGAGAGCGCCUUCGCCAGCCCCUCGCAGAGCCGCCUGCCCUCCCCCGGGGGACGGGGUGCUUCCCUCCAGCCUGCUCCUUCCCCAGGGACGGGUGCUCCUGCCACUCGCCAUCCAGCCUGCCCUGCCCUGCCCUGCCCUGCUCUGCUCCCGGGGGCAGGACCCUCCCGCCCGCCCCGGCGGAGGCAGCCUGCGCUCCCGGGGCCGAUGGGGCUGCCACCAGUACCUGCAAAUUUGCCUCUAUUUAUUGGCUCCCCCUCUCCCUGCUGACCUGUCCUGUAGCGUGGGGGUCUCCGGCGGGUGGUCUGCGUGCGCGGGGGCAGUUGUCCGCGGGGCUCCCUGCCCUCCGUGGCCCCCGGGGCACCGGCAGACGCCGUUUGCCUGCUUCUGGCUCCCCUGCCCGCCCUCCCCCUAGGUGCUGGGAACGGGGGAGCCGCCUUCCACCUGCACGAAGCGAUUUCUCCGCUCCCUCGGGAGAGCAGGAGGAGGUGGGA